AUGGACCAAGGGGUAGAAAAACUGCUUAACCAGAUAAACGAAAUGGAAUCGAAAAAUCGUUUAAUUCACAUGCAAAUUGAAGAACUGAAAACAACUGAAAAGGAGUUGCAAAAAAAUGAAAAGGAGUUAAUAUCAGAAAUAGAAAAUACCUGCAGGCAGUUAAAAUGCAUGGAAAAAGAUGAGAUAGAGUUGAAUAAUGAUAUAUCCCGUGUUAACUUGAUAUGCAAAAAUGUUGAAGCAACACUACAUAAUGAAUUUGUGAAAGUUGAAAUAGCAGCCCAGAAGAUAAACCAAAUGGAAUAUGAUGAAGAACAUGACAAAAACCUUCACAAAGAUUUAAUUAAAUGUGAUAAUAAGGUUAAGCUUUGCUUGGUUAAUAUGCAAGUUUCGAAUGAUGACCUUAUCAAGUUAAAAGAAAUAAAAGACAAAAAUCCUCUUUUAGAUAAUAUUUCAUUGGAAGAUUUAUAUGAAAUUUUUGAGGAAACUACAGAAAAAUACCAAGAUAACUCUUUUAAAAAUCAAUGUCAUAAAAUAGAAACAGUUGAUUAUAAGACCCAUUCAUAUUUUUGUAAUCCUACUCAUCUACUACACAUGAUAAAACUACUUGCCGAUAAAAUAGGACCCAGUAACAACGACCCACAUUUUAACUUUGCAAGUAUUGCUAAUUACUACGGAUUGAAGGAUGAAGAAAAAAAGCCCCAACAUAUAGAAAAAUUUGGUUUAUCUGAAUUAAAUAAAAUAAUGAUAAGUCAUUAUAAGUCAAAAAAAAUUAAUGUUAAUAGUAGUUCAUAA